AUGGAUGUGAAGGAGGGGGCAGCCAAACUUUCGACGGCAAAAAACAAUGAUGCGACUGUCUAUGGUGACUUCUAUGAAGGAUUCGCUGGAGCCAGCUUGAUCACAGGAACUCCCGUAUGCUUGGGAAAUGUUGAGAUGAUCAACAUGGAGGGCUGGAGGAAGCAGGAAGCAGAUAAUACAUCAGAAUAG